UCUAGAAACAGUUUGUCGCGAUCUGGACAAGACCAAGGGUCUGUGUUUGCGGAUGUUUUUUUCUGCAAAGACACAUAAAGAGGAUUGCCCGUUCCGUGUAAUUAUUUCAGAGAAGGGCUGUUGGCAGGAAACAGUUGCCCGGUUUCUACAGGCAAAACUAAAGGUUUUAACCGUUGACGACCCUUUCAUGAUUAGCAGCUCUGACAAUAGAGAAGGCGUUUGUAUUGGUUCCUGUCUCGCCCCCUUUUUAAGCGACCUCUAUCUCGCGCACUACGACAGGGCUCUGCGGACUCGCUUGCAAGCAACGAUGGUUGCUAAGGUUUUUCGAUACGUCGAUGACUAUUUGGUGUUCGUACAGUACAGUCACACGUGUUGGUGCUUCGAGCCCCGAGGAAAGAAGCCCCUCCUACCGUACGCAUCUGCGCAUUCGAAAUUAGUCAAACGGGGCAUAAUCAAUCUGUGUUUUAGAAAUGCUCUCCUAAAAACGUGCGGGCAUCGCACGCAGGAAACUUUUGACAACCAAGUUUCGCGCCUCUGCGCAGCAGGCUACCCCAUGCAGCUGCUUACGGCGGUGGCUGGCAGCAUGUUAAAGAAAUGCAAUACUGGAAAUCGUGAGGUCACAUCGCAGACCCCCAGAAAAAAUGUCGUUGUGGUGCCUUAUAUGCAUAACCUGAGCCACAAUCUAAAAAAGAUUGGCAAAAGAGUUGGUGUGGAUGUUGUUUUCUCCGCCCCAUUAAAACUUUCUGGUUUGUGCGCACGUGUGAAUAAUUCGACGCAGAAGCGUUAUAACUGCAGCAAGAAGCAUCGCGAUCAGUUUGUGCCAUGCGCAGAAGGUGUUGUUUACUCUGUCACCCUGUCAUGUGGGAAAGAGUACGUGGGGCAGACGGGCAGAUGCCUGAAUGACCGCCUAAGAGAACAUUCUUACAAUGUAACCAAACUGGCGACGACUGGUGAUCUGGCAGCACACUGCAUGCGCUGUGGUUGUAAGCCCAUUUUUAACGAAACCAAAGUGAUCGCGAGAAGUUCAGACCAGAUGACCAGGGAGACUGUAGAGGCUUUCAAGAUUAACAAAAGCAAAGACUGUGUAAGCUGCCCGUCUAUUUCGCUGACUCAAAAAGAGAUAGCAUUCCUGUCGCGGUAG